AUGCUCGCCGCGCGGGACAACGUCUGCGGCUACGACGGCAACGCGGACCUGUACGGCGUCGGCGUGCGCGUCGGUCUGUACGCGCAGUGGUCCGCCACGCUCCUGUCCACCGUCUUCGAGCCGCGCAGCGAGCCCGGCCUGCGCACCGCCAACCUCAUCAUCCAGCUCGCCGUCUUCCUCGGCCUGUGCACCGAGAGCGCCCGCGCCUCCGCCACCACCCCGACCGGCCCCCACGCCUCCGCCGCCGUCAUCACCCAGUUCCUGCUCUGCGGCUCGCUCUCCAGCGUCACCGGCGACGGCGUCGGCCACCUGCGCUCGCUCUCCGGCGCCGCCCGCCUGCUCUUCUACACCGCGCUGUCCGCGUACGGCUGCUGGUUCUGGUUCGUCGGCGUCGACGUCAUGAUGAGCGGCGACGGUGGUGGUGGUGGUGGUUGUGAGGAGGUGGCCUUUCUCGGUCGCGCUUCGUUUGAAGGCUGGUUCCGCGUGCUGGGCAAGGUCGCGUCCGUCCUCGGGCUGGUCACCUGCGUCGGGCUCGUCAAGUACUGGCUGUACCUGGUGGUGACGCGCUUCCGGUCGGGCUUCGGGAGCGGUCUGGCGGCCAACGCGCACCUCUACGGCGGCGCCAAGGCGAGUCGGCCGCGCAUCGAGCUGAGCCUGCUGGCGCUGUCGGCGGGCCUGCUGGUGCUCUCGGCCAUGACGGUCGAGUAUUUGAUCCGUGCCAACGGCGUGCAAAAGGUCGGCCCCGCGGACCUGGACUCGGUCGGGCAGCUGAUCCCGCUGAUUGCGGGCUGCAUGGGCGCAGCGCUGGUGGUGUGGCGGAUCAUCAUGCACGGGCUGUUUCUCAAGAAGCGAUGCUUGUUUCUCUUUGGCUUUCAUUUAUGA